UACCAAAUAUCCACUCAACACAACAACAAUACCAAGCAAUUAACUUCUUCCUAGUACUACAACAUUUUUUUUUAAAACAAAAUCUUUCACACCCAUCCAACAUACACAUAUAAAUGGCUGCUACAUCAGUUUUCAUUGCAACCCCAGUCACAUUAAACCUUACCAAAAACACCAACUUUUCUUCACAAUGUUUUUUCAAGAAAAACACCAUUAGGUGCAUGUCCUCACCUCAAGAUGGCUCAAGCACCCCAACUACUGAUGGUUCUGCCAAACCAAUGACGUCAUCAUCAUCCACCCCGAACCCACCAUCAAUGAGUUCGACCACCCCACCCCCACCACCACCGCCAGCUCCUAAGGUCCCAAAAGUCAGCACCAAGUUUAACGACUUGUUUGCCUUCAGUGGACCAGUGCCCGAAAGAAUAAACGGAAGGUUAGCCAUGAUUGGGUUCGUGUCUGCAAUGGCUGUGGAGUUGAGCAGUGGUCAAGAUCUGUUUACUCAGAUAUCUAACGGAGGAUUAACGGUGUUUGUUGGGACAAGCGUUGUGUUGACAUUGGCGUCGUUAGUGCCGUUGUUUCAAGGGGUGAGAGCCGAGUCCAAGUCAAACGGAGUGAUGACUUCAGAUGCCGAGUUGUUGAACGGACGUGUUGCCAUGUUGGGUUUGAUUGCUCUGGCCUUUACUGAGUUUGUUACUGGCAGUGCUCUUGUUUAAUUUUAUUUGAAUUAUAGAUAUAGAAAAGAAGGGGUGUUUUAUUAUUAUGUCCCAGUUGUAUGUUCAAUUUCGAUGUAUAUAUAACAGUUUUGCAUGAAUUUGAAUAUAUUUGUUUGUCAUCA